UGCCACACUAACAUCGUACUACAUUUCGAAUAGAAACAUAAUGUCUAACGUUCGUCCAUGGUUCCGUCUCUCUAGCAUCGCUAGGCCUACAUCACAAGGCUCAAGCGACCCACCUCCACCUCAACCUCAACCUCAACCUCAAACCCGACAAACCCCUCGUCGUCCGGUCAUAGUCAGACCACCGCCAAGACAACCGUCGUCACCUCCACGUCAGCGACAACCUCCUUCACCUCCACGUCAGCAGCAACAGCCUCCUUCCCCUCCACGUCAGCAGCAACAGCCUCUUACCCCUUCACGUCAGACGAAGGCUCCUCCACCUUCACCUCCUCAAGAGCGGUCCCCAUAUCAGUCACCUCCAAGCCGCCACAUGUCACCACCGACCCCACCAAAGGCUGCUACGCCGCCGCCGCCACCACCUCGGUUGUCAUACACGCCGCCACCAUCUCCCAAGGAGGUCCAAGAAGCCUUACCCCAGCGAAAACCAAAAUCACCACCGAGUCCAGCUCAUUCAAGUCGGUCUUCAACGUCUGAGUCAGUGAAAACUCGGUCUGUAACAUCUGAUUCAGAGAAUCAUCGGAAAGCACCAUCACCAAGAGUACUCUCUCCUUACUCUCUUCCACCUGCUCAGUUACAUUCGGAACGUGACACCACUCAGAAAAACAUCCUCACUGCCGAGAAAACAAGCCAACUCCAUGAAUCAAAUCAUCAUAGCUAUAACCACAACAACAACCACAACCACAACCAGAACUAUAACCAGAACCAUAACCAAAACCAAAACCAUAACUAUCAAGGCAACAACCCCCGGAAGAUGCAUCGCCAACCAUCUUCGUCCGAUUCUGAGAGCAUAAUGGGAACACGUGUCAUCACAAUUGCAGGUGAAAACAAAGGUGCUGUAAUGGAGAUCCUGCGAUCUCCUCCAAGCAACAAAACCGGAGGUUCAGGAACACAUACCUCUAAGGUUUUUCACGGCACCGGAGAGAAAGGACGGAAACUUCAAAGCAGCAGCAGUAGCAGUAGCGACGAAGGAGAAGGAAAGAAGAAAACGACGAAGAACCCUAACAUCAAUGGCAAUAGUAACCUCCCGAUGAAAGCUUUUAUGAACAGUAACGUGCAGAUGAUAAACAACUCCAUUGUUUACAACUCGACGGCGUCUCAUCACGAUCCCGGCGUUCAUCUUAAAAUCUCCCGGAAACCUGGCUCCGACAAUGGUUUCCACGUCAACGAUUACGGUAAUAAUCGCGGAUAUACCGACUGAUGAAAUAUCAAAAAUAUCUCACCUUUGCGAAUAUUAAAAAAAAAAAGAACAAAACAAACAAAAAAACACUAAAGGUUUUGCAAUAAAUUCAAUUUUAUUAAAAUAAAGAAGAAAAGAAAGAAUAAAGAAAAAACAUGAGUGGGUUUGACUGGAUUCUGAUUCUUUUAUAAAGCUUAUAGAAACCUCUCAUUCGUUUGAAGGCUUUGAUUCGUUUCUUGAAACGGUCUUUUCUAAUUUCUUGUAACGCCCUUUGUUUCUCUGUUACAUGGAUCAAUGAGAUUAUCAAUUACUUUACUAUACA